AUGCGCUCGGCAAUAUUUUCCUAUAACAAUCAUGUUAGAAAUAAGAAGCAGGUAUUUUAUAAUUUUCAGCAGCGUUUUUUAUAUUUUUCAGAUUCGUUUUUUUUAUAAUUUCGCGAAAAACUUGAACAUUUUCAGGAAAAUAAUUUGAAUUGUGAAGUUUUGAACGUCUUCAAUCCAACUGACGCUGGUACACAUACUGAUAUGAUACAUAUUGAGAUUCCGGACACAAAAACUUUGGUUGAAAAAAAUGAUGGAACUUCUAGAUAUAUUGUGAGUUUUUUUUGCGUGAAUUGAUGACACCGGUGGAUCUAUUUUUCAUUCAUCUAAAUUAUUCUUUAUCAAAAAACAAAAAAUACUUGCAGGCAUAUAACAUGGAAAUCAAUGGCUGGAAACACGCAUCAGUCAGAUUCAGUCAUCUUUACGAAUUCUCUGAAUUGAUUAGAACAAAGUAGGGUUUUUCUACUAGUUGUCUCAAUUUUUUAAAAAUAUAUAUUGGUUCCAGAUUCGGUAAAAAGUACAAAGGACCGGAAUUCCCUUCAAAAAAAUUAUUCAAACUAGACGCAAAAUCGAUCGAAGAUCGACGAAUAAAAAUCAAGAAGUAUUUUCAAGCACUCGUUCAGCAUCCAGAAAUUGCAAGACAUUAUCUAGUGGAAAAACAGUUGUUGGGAUUUCAAGUUGUGAGUUUUGAACCAUUCUGAAAUUUGUUUAAUUUGAUUCCGAAAAGUGGUUAGGUUUCAAUUAAGGUUUGAGUCAGACUUGCGGAACUUCCGAUAUGGUUUCAAUAAUUUUCCAGUGACAUCUUUAUCAAAUUUUCAGUCUGUUUUUACAAAAUCAGUUUCCUUAUGUCUCACAGCAAAAUCCUUAAAAAUACGUUUUCAGGAUUCGUAUCGUGCAACAAGUACAAAUGUGUCUGUUGAUAUUUACUUGGGCGAUGGUGAAAAAAUUCAAAUAAAGUGCAACGUUGGAUGUAAUACUUCUGAUGUCAUGAAACUGAUUGCUGAAAAACUUGGAUUUUCAACAGUUGAACAUCUGCAAUGGAAUUUCGGGUUAUUUAUUGCAAGAUCUCGCGAUUCAAUUGUAUCAUAUUCUAUUUCUCCAGACACUUUUGAUCCCUUGAGUGAGUUUCAUUAUGAUAUUGAAAUCAUUUGAAAUGAAAUAAUUUUCAGUUGUUCGUCUUCUGCGGAAUUUUGAAGCCCCAUAUAUUUCGCUGAGCACUGUCAAUCAAAAAUCUUUUGGUGAUGGAUUAUUCCAUUAUUUAUGUCUACGAAAACUGAUUUGGGAUCCAAAAGCUGAAGAUGUUUUACUGGACAAUGAACAGAUUGUUGAUUUGUUAUAUCGCCAGGCAACACAAGAAAUGAAAUUGGGUCAUUUUGGAGAACUGAAAUUUGAGCAAGAAUCAAAACUCAAAACACACAAAAACGAUAAAAUCCAGUUUCUACGAACAUGUCAACAAAUACCUCAUUAUUCCUAUGAAAAAUUAGGAGAAUGUUCUGGAGAUUAUCCAAAAGCUGGAAUGGUUUCAUCAAUCAAAAUUGGUCAUCGUCAAUUGGUCAUCAAAUUCACUGAUGAUAUUGUGAGUUUGCAGACUCUUUUUAAAAAUUGAAAUAUAUAAAACAUUUUUCAGGGCAUCACAACUGAAAGCAUUUUUCGAGCCACACGAAUUCGUGUUUGGCGACUAUCAAAAGUCGUUGACGACAUCUCAUUUCAAUUUGAAUAUCUGCGAUCAAAAGAUAAUUUUGAGUGGAUAACUUUGAAUACACCGCAUGCCAUAUUAUUAUCAUUAUUAUUACAAUCAAUUGGUACGGAAAUACUUUAUGAGCAUAAUAAUUUAAGUAUUGAACAACAAAUUGCCAAAGAAAAAGAAUCGAAAGGAAUGUUUGUUGAGGUCGAUCCAACGCCUGUUCAACCGCCACGCGACCCAAGAAAGCCCAUAAUUAUAUUACAAAAUGCGGUUGAAAAUACGGAUCCACUCGGUGUCAUGGAGCAUUAUAGAAAUUAUAAUAGAAUGUUUACAACCAUCUCGGUAGUUUUUUCUGAAACUCUUCAUCAUUCAAAAAAAUAUUGUUUUUCAGGAUCAAAUCCCUACAAGAGAUGAAGCUACUGGAAAUAUCACAAAUGAUGAUCUUUAA